AAGCCAGCUGUCAGGGCUGUGGCUCAGCCCCCUGGGUGGGAGGCAAGAAAGAGAAAGUGUCUGUGGCCAAAUUUCCGUUUAGACACCUGGGCCCGGCCGGCUUUGUCACCGGAGAGUUUUUUCUUCUCCCACUUCCACAUUCCCCAGGGGCCCCUCUUGCUCGCCACCCUUGGGAAGGCAGCAGGGGCGCCUGUUUGGAUCCUGGGUUUGCAGCUCCGAGUGCGGGGCUGGCUGGGCUCUGCGGCGGCUGCCUGUGUUGGGGCGCUCUGAUCCAGCGCUCCCCUUGGAAAGCUACCCCCUCCAUUUUUUUUUUUUUUGGACCAGGUAUGAUGAUGUCAAACGUGAUGCUGAUGCCACAGUUACAGACACGGCCCCUGUUGGCGCAGCCUCUCUGACUCGCCUCCUCUCCGCGCCCAGCGCUGGCUUCUUCAGACAAGUGCAUCUCCCAACCAGGUCACAUUUCAGCCGCGGCCCGCUGUCCGUCUGUCUGUCUCCGGAUCAGGCCCGGCGGGAGGAGCGCGGAGGAAGGCGGCAGCGUUUGCGUCGCCAGCCGUGUGGUGGGCGGAAGGGCACUGAACACCGCAGAAGUCAGACCCCGUCGGACCCAGGCCACGAUGCGCGCCCCGGGCUGCGGGCGGCUGGCGCUGCCGCUGCUGCUCCUCGCGGCGGCCGCCUGGGCCGAAAGCGACGCCAAAGGGCUCAAGGAGGGCGAGACCCCCGGCAAUUUCAUGGAGGACGAGCAAUGGCUGUCGUCCAUCUCGCAGUACAGCGGCAAGAUCAAGGACUGGAACCGCUUCCGAGACGAGGUGGAGGAUGAUUACAUCAAGAGCUGGGAGGACAGUCAGCAAGGAGAUGAAGCCCUGGACACCACCAAGGACCCCUGCCAGAAGGUGAAGUGCAGCCGCCACAAGGUGUGCAUCGCCCAGGGUUUCCAGCGGGCCAUGUGCAUCAGCCGCAAGAAGCUGGAGCACAGGAUCAAGCAGCCUGCCCUGAAACUCCACGCAAACAAAGAUACUGCCUGCAAGCCCUGCCACAUGGCCCAGCUGGCCUCCGUCUGCGGCUCUGACGGCCACACUUACAGCUCCGUGUGUAAGCUGGAGCAGCAGGCCUGCCUGAGCAGCAAGCAGCUGGCCGUGAGAUGUGAGGGCCCCUGCCCCUGCCCCACGGAGCAGGCCACCGGCUCCACCACGGAUGGCAAAGCAGAGACCUGCACGGGUCAGGACCUGGCCGACCUGGGGGACCGACUGCGGGACUGGUUCCAGCUCCUGCAUGAGAACUCCAAGCAGAACGGCUCAGCCAGCAGCGGAGGCAGCCCGGCCAGUGGCCUGGACAAGGUUCUGGGCGCCAGCUGCAAGGACUCCAUCGGCUGGAUGUUCUCCAAGCUGGACACCAGCGCCGACCUCUUCCUGGACCAGACGGAGCUGGCCGCCAUCAACCUGGACAAGUACGAGGUCUGCAUCCGCCCUUUCUUCAACUCCUGCGACACCUACAAGGAUGGCCGUGUCUCCACCGCUGAGUGGUGCCUCUGCUUCUGGAGGGAAAAGCCCCCCUGCCUGGCGGAGCUGGAGCGCAUCCAGAUCCAGGAGGCCGCCAAGAAGAAGCCAGGAGUCUUCAUCCCGAGCUGCGACGAGGACGGCUACUACCGCAAGAUGCAGUGCGACCGGAGCGGGGGCGACUGCUGGUGUGUGGACCAGCUGGGCCUGGAGCUGACCGGCACCCGCACGCACGGCAGCCCCGACUGUGAUGACAUCGUGGGCUUCUCAGGGGACUUUGGGAGCGGUGUCGGCUGGGAGGACGAGGAGGAGAAGGAGACGGAGGAAGUGGGUGAGGAGGCCGAGGCUGAGGAGGAGGAGGGCGAGGCGGGCGAGGCCGACGACGGAGGCUACAUCUGGUAGACGGCGCGGGCCGCGGCGGGGACAGGCAGACGGGACAGCAGCAGGCGGCCUACGAGCGGAUCCGGGAAGUACAGUUGGGAGGACCCUGGCUCCAGCUGGAGGACUGCAAGUGUGAGUGUGCGUGGCACGCGUGUGGCCCAGACGUAAGAGUGCCUGUGAGUGUGUGUGUGCGUGUGCAUGUCUGUGUGUGUCUGUGCGUGUGUGCGUGUGUGUGCACGCGCAUGUGCUGUGUGUUCAUGUGUGUGGUGUGCAUGUGCGCGUGCGUGGUGUG